AUUUCUUCUGUUUCGUGGCUUUUAUUUUUUCUUAAACUUGUGGUUUUUAAAAUGUUUUCCCCUGCUAGGGAUUCCGGUUUCCUUAUGUCACUCAGAGUGAUGUCACGUGCUAAUGCAGGGAAGUCUGCGUGAUCCCCCCCACACUAAUAGUUUUACUGUGGUAAAAUUCUUCCUCUUUCACUUCGCCCUUGGUGCCUCUUAAAUUGCAGCUCAGGUGCUGCUCAGACUUGCAGAGCAGAGUAAUCACCAGACCGUGAGGCAGAUUAUCUCUGAGCAGAACAAAGGAAGAAACUGCAGCAGAACAUACGGAGGAAUAACAGACUGCGAGUGAACAUAUCCAGGUAUUUAUUGGCGCCCGCCUCCUCUGAAGGGAUGGAUCGUACUGGCCGAGUCGGCCUGAGCAUCACUUUGGCUCUCCUCAUGUGUCUCCUUGGUAACGAAGCACUGGAGCUGCUGAGGGUGUCCACUACAUCCGGGAAUCCUGCUUCCACUCCCAUGGUGCGCUGCUGGUGUUCCAGCUACCCAAACCGAACUCAGUGCUCCUGGCCGGCUGGGCCCCACCAUCCACCCGCACAGUACAUCGCCACCUACAGUGAGAGACACACAAGAGCGGUUACCAAGCAGUGUCUCCUCAUCCCACCCCUUUCUUCAUCCUCUGCACUCACCCCAUCAUCAUCAUCAUCAUCAGAGCAGCUCUGGCACUGUCACCUCCCUGACCUGAAACUUCUCACCAACUAUGUCAACGUCACAGCGGUCUACCCAACUGGAAGCAGCUCCCACUUAACCAGUUUUAUGUUGGAAGAUAUCGUGAAACCAGACCCUCCUGAUGUGCAGGUUUCUCCUCAUGACUACAGAUCCUUGUUGGUGAAAUGGUCUCCUCCCCCUACCUGGUCCAAUCUGGACAUCUUCCCACUGAAAUAUCACAUACGGUAUCAGUGGCACCACAGGGGCAGCCUGCAGACCGUCCACUUGGGUCCCUUUGAGAACACCAGCGUUCCACUGAAGGCUUUGACCCCGGGGAGGACCUACCUGUUCCAGGUGUGUGCUGAGGAUGUGCUGGGUCUGGGCGAGUGCAGCUUCUGGAGCUCACCUGUAAAAACCACCAUGAGAACAAAACCACAAAGAACAACAUAGAAAAUAUUGUUCACGCACACAACAUGGAUUUUACAGAUUUCUUUUUAAUCGUUUUAGCUGCACAGUGUGAGAACCAUUCUUAUUUUGUUUUAUUAGGCAACAAUAAUUAUUUUCUGUACCGUGUACUAUCAUCAUGUCAAGCUACAUUAUUAUUAUUUUAGUGUGUGUAUGUGUGGGGGGGUUAAUUACAGUGUGAUUUGCCUCUUGAACAAUUUGUAAUAACUUAUUAUCAAGGAGACAAAACAAUUCAUAAGUCUGAAGUUGUAAAUUCACAUUAUAGUUUGUUUAUAAAGAAAGAUUUUUGACCCAUUUUGACAUUUCGUCCACAUUUGUAAAGUUCGAACCUCCGCCGCAGUGUUUGUUUACUGGGUAUCUAUUUGAAGGGUUGCUCAAAAGGUUUUUUAAUGGCCGUUGCAAUAAUCAGUCUGAUCAAGGCUGAAAAUACGCUGAAUUUUGUUGUAGGCUGGGAUGUGGGUUCAGAUGUGGAUUCUUUCUUUACUUUUUUUUUAAGUGAGAUGGGGAAUUUUAUCAUA